AUGUACAUGGGCUUAGUUUCUGUACCACAAACGGGUCACUCUGGUCUUCAUCAUCUUCUUCUGCAACUGGAAGACACCGUACAUCAAAGCCUCGGCCGUUGGAGGACAGCCCGGAACAUAAAUAUCAACGGGCACGACUCUGUCACACCCACGCACCACCGAGUACGAGUAAUGGUAGUAGCCUCCACCAUUGGCACAAGAGCCCAUCGAAAUGACCCAUCUAGGGUCGGCCAUCUGAUCGUAAACCUGUCUCAACGCAGGAGCCAUUUUGUUGGUCAAAGUGCCGGCAACAAUCAUGAUAUCGGACUGACGAGGCGACGCUCUGAAAAUAAUACCCAAUCUGUCCUGGUCAUAUCUGGGAGUAGAAACAUGCAUCAUCUCCACGGCGCAACAGGCCAAACCAAAAGUCACGGGCCAGAAAGAAGACUUUCUUGCCCACAUGGCAAUGGCAUCCAACGACGUCAAGGCAUAGUCGAUGGGCGACGAAGCGGUUUUCUGCGACAUCAAUGGCAAGUCUGUUUCCAUAGGUCUUGGGGUCAAGUCCUUGGCAGGAAGACCCACUUGCUUGGAGGCAAAACGGAGCGCCUGGAACGCGGCCGGUGUCUGGGAUUUCACAACAGUUCUGGUCAAUCCAAGCAUGGCGGAAAUGGGCAACUGAAGGAGAGUUUUGUGGAUAGGACUUUUUGUGAGGUUUUUCGUACUGCAAUCAGCACAUAUUGUAGCAUGGUGAUUGGACCGCCCAAGAGGCACGGGUGCAGGAUCCGCGACCUCUGCCGGAAUUGCGAUCUACGCAUCUGA